GGUUGUUUUGCAACAGUUGCAGGGGCGUAAAAGCGAGUUACGGAAUAAAUAUUUAUUCCUAGUGCGAGCUGUCAGUCGGAGCUGGAUUCCUCAAACUGUCUUUUCUCCAUAAUAACUGCUGCACAGUAAUACAAAAUGUCAAAAGUCGACCUCGCUAAAGUUGGGAAGAACUCGCUGAAGAGCGCUGAGAGUGGACAGACGGUUGAGCUGCAGUCUCUGUGGCAGGACCAGCCGGUGGUGCUGUUCUUCCUGCGCAGGUUCGGCUGUCAGGUGUGCCGAUGGACGGCGUCAGAGAUCAGCAAACUGGAGCCCGACCUGAAGGCCAGCGGCGUGGCGCUGGUGGGCGUCGGACCGGAGGAGCUGGGCCUGCAGGAGUUCAGGGACGGAGGGUUUUUUAAAGGAUCUAUUUAUGUGGAUGAACAGAAGAAAUGUUACAAGGAUCUGGGUUUCAAACGGUACACGGCUCUGAGCGUGGUUCCUGCUGCUUUGGGGAAGAAAGUCCGAGACGUUGCAGCAAAGGCCAGCGCUGAAGGAAUCCAGGGGAACUUCUCAGGAGAUCUGCUCCAGAGUGGAGGCAUGCUCAUCGUGGCCAAAGGUGGAGAGAAGGUCUUACUGCACUUCGUCCAGGACUCCCCAGGAGAUUACAUCCCUCUGGAGGACAUUUCCAAAGCUCUGGGGAUCUCAGCCACGGCGAAAGCAGGAGAAAGACCAGUGUGCAACGACGACGUUUGUACGCGAUGAGGCCACAAAUUAAAAGCACCUUCCGGCAAAUCUGAAGAUUUGUGAAUGUAAUGAAAAUGUGGAAAUGAAUUAAUUAAUUUAAUCAACUGCCAUGUUUAAUUAUCAAACAGUUGCUUUUUGUUUUCUUUUUGGUGGCAUGUUUACGAUCUUUUGUGAAAGUUGCAUCUAUUCCUUUGUCAUUUUUUAUUUACUUUGUUGGUUGUUUACUUGCUUUUUGUUGAUUUUCCAUGUAAUUUGCAGUAAUUUGCCUUUUGUAAGCCAGUCGCUGUGAUUGAUUUGUACAUGUUGCAUCCUGCUAAUAAAUUACAUAUUUGACUUU